CUGAGUUGCAUCUAUCUCCACCAUAUAGGACGUGGUCCCCACCCGAGUAAAGGACCUGCUGAGGAAACCGGCCAAAGAUCGGACUGAGGAGGAGGCGGACACGAUCGUCCGCACGAUGCAAAAGAUGCCCGACUUCGCGCUCUUCCCGUUCGAGAUCCAGAAACAGCUGUGCCAGGUGGCCUGGUACGACAGUUUCGGGACCGGCCGUGUGAUAAUCCGGGAGGGUCACGCGGCGGACGGCUUCUACUUCGUCUUGUCAGGACGACUUGUGGAGAGCUACGCUGCAGAGGACGAAGCCAACACGGUUCUCCGGCACGGUAUGAAGUUUGGGGAACGAGAGCUGCUGACGAGAACCAAACGAAAGUCUACGGUACUGACCCAGGAGAGAACGGAGCUGUUCUGUGUGCACGUGCAGGAUUACGUUAGAAUAUUCAACCUACAAGAAGACAUGGAGACAGCCAACUUGGAUAUUUGCAGGCAUCUUUCAGUCUUCAAACUCUGGCCGAUCGAAAAGUUAGAGGAACAUCCGGACGCCUGGACGAUGCAGAACUAUCAACCGGGGUUCGUCAUCGUGCCCGACAGUAAAAGGUGUGACUGGAUCUACGUCGUCAAGACGGGCCAGUGUAAGGUGCUGAAGAGAAUGACGCCUAACGAAGGUUGGACGGUGGACCAGCGGCAGGAAAACAGACUUCUGUACAGCCGGGAGAUGAGCCGGGCGCACCAGGAGAGGAAAGAACUCAUCACGGCACAGGGGGACCGGGAGAAAGAUAACCGCGCGUUGAUCAGCGUGCUAUGGCGGAACGUGAGAAAAUCGAGAACUCCGAUCUCAGGGAUCCAGUCGUCACGCCUGGACAACAGACACGACAACAAGGAAAAGGGCCCGACUCGAAUGCAACUCGGGUCGCGGAUUUUCGACCCGGACCCUUCCAAACCGGUCUUCGUGGUGCUGGACGUGCUAGGACCAGGGCAGUGCUUCGUAUGA